CCGUAUUUUGAAAAUUUAUAGAAAAAGGGUUUUAAAUUUAGCGCGUCAUGAUGGAAGGCUUGAACGACGACAUACUGCAAGAGGUACGAGCUGCCUUUCAGGUAUUCGAUCCCUUGGGUACCGGAAAGAUCACCAGCAAGCAGAUGGGUGUUGCGAUGAGGAAUCUUGGACAUUUCCCUACGGAAGCCGAGCUAUACGAUAUGAUUGAUGAAAUCGAUUUGGAUGGCGAUGGGGAAAUCGACUUUUUCGAGUUUCUGCAGAUGAUACUCAAGCGCAUGGAGGGUCUCAACAAGGAUGAGAAUCUUAUGGCGGCAUUCAAGCUCUUUGAUCGCGAUGAGGAUGGUUUUAUAUCGCCCAUCGAGCUGCGCACGGUUAUGUAUAAUCUGGGCGAAAGAUGUACCGAGGAGGAGUUCCAUGAUAUGAUGAGGGAAAUCGAUCUCGAUAACGAUGGUAAAAUCAGCUAUCAGGAGUUCGUCAAUGGUGUUAGGAAUUAAUUGUUUUAAAAUUAUAAAAACUCAAUAAAAUGAAAGCUAUAUAGAACCCUU